GGCCGAGGCUGCGCUGUCCCCGAGCCCCGGGCCCGCAGCCACCGCCAGGACAGAUUUACCGACCUCGGGCAUAAACUGCAACGCCGAGCGGCGGGAAGCGGGCUGAGCGCGCUAUGGAACCGAAGGGCUGCAGCUUCGAGGCCACCUCUAUGCCCCUGCUCGGCUCCACAGCAAGUGCCCGGUAACGUGCGUCUCACCAUGGACCGGCCUCGGGAACACACAAAGUGGCGACGUGUACAGAGGCUGCAGGGAAACACAACCGCGUUCCGGCAUCCCAAGGGCAGUGCCUGCAGCACCUCACAACGGCCCUCAGCCCUCAACUCGGCCGCUGGCUGCCAUCAGCCCUCAGCAGGCAUCUGCUUGGAGAGCAAAGCCGCUAGAAGAAGCUGUAAGAGUCACAGCGCUUGUGACACAGCGCCCUGUCACACGAGGGGAAAACGGGAAAUGUUUAUUUCCAUUUAAUCCCAGAGGCAAACAGUUUGUAAGGCUGGCAUUCAACUUCAUUAGCGAUCAAGGAAGAAAACAUUUUGUCCACCAGACCUCACCAGUGUGUCCUUGCCCUCACUCCUGCCUCUCCGCCUGAGGAGUCUGGAAAACCGGGGCCCCGGCUGCACGGUGUGUGUGGUGGUGGGCUGCGGGCGCUGGGAAUGCUGCUCCCUGAGGGAGCCGCGGGCGAACGGAGCAAGUGAAUUCCUCACUAAGUGAAUUCCUCCAGCUGACGGUGUGAACAAUUUCUGCUGCGUGUUAACAACGACUAAAGGAUCUGUGAGGUGCGUGCGGACGAGCCACACCGACCGUCACCCUGCCGUGCAUGGGAAUGCCAAGUUCUUUGGACAGAGACUGAGAAAGGGUGUUCUGAACCACAGACCCGCUGACAGGCGGCGUGCCAGGGCCCCGCGCUGCUGCUGCACACCGAGGGCCGGCCCCGUCAGACCUCGCCCCCCGCCGGGACGGGCCACGCACGGCGGGAACGCCAAAGGCGCUCGGCGGCAGGCGGACGGUGAGAGGGGCCCGUGUCCAGCCGGUGAUUUACUCCGUGGAACGUGUGGUGCGGGACAAGGACGAAGCUGUCAGCCGCGCCUCCCGCCUGCGCCGCCGCUGUCGGCUCGGCCCCGAGCGCUGAGGGGGCCGCGCUCGAGCCGCCGCUUCCCGCCCUUUUCCCACCCCGCGCUUUCUCCACAGCCGCGGGCCCGCGGCGGGGGGGGACACGUCCGCUGCCCGCCGCGGGGUCGGACCCGGUCCCGCCGCCGCCGCCGCCCGCUGCCCCGCGCCUGGCACAUGGCGCGCACCACGUCCCGCCGCCGCUGCUCCCGGCGGCCGCCUCCCCCGCAGGGCUGCCCGCCGAGAAUGCCUGCGGGCCCUUGGGGCGCCCUGAGCCUUUCCUCACCCACCGCAGCGCUCGCAAGGUCCGUGGUCAAAGGCUUUGAAGUAAUCAUGGAUAAAAGAGGAGGCAUAACAGAGGCUGAAAAUGGUGAUGCUUUCCUGGAGUUGAACAGAAUUACAACAAAAUACCCACAUCGUUACACAAAGGAGGAACUGCUGGAUAUUAAAGAGCGUCCCUACUCUAAGCAAAGACCUUCUUGUCUUUCUGAAAAAUAUGACAGUGAUGGUGUGUGGGAUCCAGAGAAGUGGCAUGCAUCUUUAUAUCCAACUUCAGGAAGAACUUCACCAGUGGAAAGCUUUAAAAAAGAUUUGGAUUCAGAUCGGACUUCUCUUAUGCGUAGGAUAGUAGAUCCAAGGGAGCGAGUGAAAGAAGAUGACUUGGAUGUAGUCUUAAGCCCACAAAGACGAAGCUUUGGAGGUGGCUGUCAUGUAACUGCAGCUGUUAGCUCACGGCGCUCGGGGAGCCCAUUAGAAAAGGAGAACGAUGGUGUCCGUGUUAUUGGUGGCCGUAGGAUUGGCAGUGGAAGAAUAAUCUCUUCUCGUAACUUUGACAAAGACCACCGGGGUGGUGAGAAGGACAUACGUGACUCUAGAGAUUCAAGAGACCGUGAUCGAGAGAGGGACUACAAAGACAAACGCUUCAGGAGGGAGUUUGGUGACAGCAAACGUGUCUUUGGGGAGCGAAGGAGGAAUGACUCGUACACUGAAGAGGAACCCGAGUGGUUCUCUGCUGGUCCUACAAGUCAGUCUGAAACCAUUGAGCUCACAGGCUUUGAUGAUAAAAUUUUGGAGGAAGAUCACAAAGGUAGAAAACGUACAAGACGACGCACGGCCUCACUGAAAGAAGGGAUAGAAUGCAAUGGUGGAGUGGCAGAAGAGGAUGAAGUGCAAACUGUCCUUGCCAAUGAAACUCCAGCAGAUCAAGAAGUUCCUAGGGAAGCUGUUUUACAAGAACCAGCUCCAGGAGAGUUUGACUUCAAUGAGUUCUUUAACUUGGAUAAAAGUGUUCCUGGCCUGGCUUCGAUGAUAGAGGAUGUGCUGGGGGAAGGCUCAGUGUCUGCCAGCAGGUUCAGCAGGUGGUUUUCUAAUCCUAGUCGCUCUGGAAGUCGGUCAAGCAGCUUGAGAUCUACACCACAUGAGGAACUGGAGAGGCUAGCAGGUCUAGAGCAAGCCAUUCUGUCCCCUGGCCAGAACUCUGGAAACUACUUUGCUCCCAUUCCAUUGGAAGACCACUCUGAAAACAAAGUGGACAUCCUAGAAAUGCUACAGAAAGCCAAAGUGGACUUAAAACCUCUUCUCUCAAGUCUUUCAGCCAACAAGGAAAAGCUUAGAGAGAGCACACAUUCAGGAGUUGUACUUUCAGUGGAAGAAGUUGAAGCUGGGCUAAAAGGUCUGAAAGUGGAUCAAGAGGGAAAAAUUGCUACUCCAUUUAUGGCAGAGCAAAUGGAGGAAUCAUUGAAUGUCGCUGGCUCCAGACAGAUCAAGAAAGAUGGAGACAUGACUGCAUUCAAUAAACUAGUCAGCAGUAUGAAGGCAAGUGGGACUCUACCUUCACAGCCCAAAGUCAAUCAGAGCCUUGAGAGCCACCUAAUGUCACCUCCAGAGAUGCCAGGCCAGCCUCUAUCAAAGAAUAUUCUGCAGGAACUUCUUGGUCCACCCAUUUCCAGACCUGCUUCAUCAAAUGUCUUAAGUGGCCUGAUAGGUGGUUUGGAGCCUGCAUCCUCUCUACUGACACAAAGAGCACCUUCUCCCCCUAUCCCACCUGUGUUUCCAACUCGAGCUGCUUCUGCAGAUUACCUGCGCCAUAGAAUAUCUUCACCCAUUGGUUUUGGACAAGGUUCUCAGCAAUUGCUUGGUGAUCCAUUUCCAGGUGUAAGGAAGCCCAUGAGUCCAGUUGCUUCACAGAUGAGUCCCUUGGAAAUACAGCAGGCUGCGUUGGAGGGACUGGCAUUACCACAUGACUUAGCCAUACAGGCAGCAAACUUCUAUCAGCAUGGCUUUGGCAAACCACAAAUGGACAAAAGCAGAGACGGCUACAGAAACAGGCAGCAGCGAGUGACUAAAUCACCUGCGCCAGGACACAGAGGGAAUGCAUCUUCUCCAGCCCCUACAGCAUCCAUCACUAGCAUGCUGUCUCCUUCCUUCACACCUACCUCGGUGAUUCGCAAGAUGUAUGAGAGCAAGGAGAAGAGCAGAGAGGAGCCAGUUUCUGGGAAAAUGAAAGUCAGUGAUGGUAAAGAUGAAAAUCAGAGGCCAAAUGAAGCUACAGAUAACCUACUGUCUAGUUCUGUGGAGAAUGCAGAUCAAGAAACUUUGCCCACCUUAGGUACCAAACUACCUGCACUGCAGCGCUCUGCAUGUUCCACACCUCUUACCCAAGCAAAUCGUUGCACCAAAGAGCAAGACUACAGGCCUAAAUCAGCUGGUAGAAAGACUCCUACAAUGGCCUCCCCAGUACCAGGAGGCCCUUUUCUUCGUCCUGUUCAUCAAGUACCCCUUGUUCCCCAUGUACCGAUUGUACGACCUGCUCAUCAACUGCAUCCAGGAUUGGUCCAGAGAAUGCUGGCACAGGGGGUUCAUCCGCAGCAUCUUCCUCUGCUGCAAGCAGGUAUGCUUCCACCUGGAGUGGACCUGUCUCACUUGCAGGGAAUAUCUACUCCCAUCCUUGGCCAACCUUUUUACCCGCUACCAACAGCAAGCCAUCACAUCUUAAAUCCACGCUCUGGGACACCUUUGCAGCUAGCAAUGAUGCAACAGCAGCUACAACGAUCAGGCACUGGAGCACAGGGAUCACCUGCUGGUGCACAAACAACCCCCCAAAACAUGCUGCCUCGGACUGGGUUAUCUCAUGGGCACACACAGCUCGACCAUCGCCCCAGCCAGAGGAGUGGCUCUCCCAUUGGCCUUGCAAAGUGGUUUGGUUCCGAUGUCUUGCAGCAACCUCUCCCUUCCAUGCCAUCCAAAGUCAUCAGUGUAGAUGAACUGGAAUACCGGCAGUGAACAGUGACCACUGGGUGGAACACUUGUGAUUCUUUAGACUGGAUAAAAUGUCCAUAGUCAGGACUUCACCUCUGUUUGGUUUUUUUGGGGCUUUUUAUUUUUAGCACUCUGUGCGAAAUUUCUUUUUGAGAGACUAAAGCACAUGGCACCUGUCCUGGUCUCAUGUCUGCAUCAAGACUAAAGGAUCCAUUAUGGCUUGAAUAGUGAAGCCUGAAGAAAUUUAGAUGCAAGACAAAGCCAGUUGAAUCCUGGAAGUGUCUAUUUUUCUUUUUGUAAGAUAUGUGAAUGAAGUGCUGAUAUUCUCUAGUGUAGAGGUAGCAGCUAUUGAUUCCUCCUGCAGAAAACUAAAUGUAUAGACCCUUGUGUACAGACUUGUGUAUAAACAAUCUUUUGUAUAUAUACACAUAGACUAGCCUUUUUGAAUCUAUACAGCUGUACAUAAGAGUAGCUGAUAACAGUUGAGCUUUAGUUGUGCCUAUGGUUUGGAUCUUUCUCCAUUGUAUGUGUGGGACUUUCUUUAAGAUUAAAGUUGCAUAUCCUAAGUGUGAGUGAACAGGAUAAAGUUGCUUUGCCUUUUCUUGCUGCUCAUCUCCUCUAGGCCUCCCCAUCACAUUUUUCUGUCACGUACUGUGCACUCAGUGUAGCUAAAGUGUCAAAGUAAAAAGCCCACAUCUUGCUGUCUGUGUAACAGAGGUCUGACUCCUUGUGUGUAUGACUCCUGCCACCAAAUCAAAGAAUUGUUUAGUCUUCAAACAGCCUUGAGGAUGGGACCUGGUACAGUGGUGAUAAGUCAGAUCUUCAGUCUGCCAUGGAGGCCGUAGGUACCUACUGGUCAUAGCUCUUCCACGAGGGCUGGUGCUGAUCCUUGUUUAGCUGCAGUAUAUUCCUUGUUUUAAUCUUUCAAACCUGUUCCUAAAGGUCAUCAAAAUGGAGCCUCUGAAUCCUCACCCUUCAACUCCUCAGUCAUAGCUGUGGUAGGCUCUGUGCUGCCUCCAGCUCUGUAGAGAAGGGAGUCCCAAGAACUGUCCUCAGUCUAGUGUGCAUCUACUGAUGCAAUUACUGUGAAACUUGCCUUGGAGUCUUGUUCCGCAGCUUGAAAGGGAGAGGAUGGGGUAGUUUUGUGAUCUUACUGUGUAUAUUUGGUUUUAAAAUACUAUGUUCCUUUUAAGCCUGUUUCACUUUCCUGAACAGUUAAAUGUUCUCUUCCAUCCUUCUACUGCAUGGCUCCUCACGUCACUGUCUCACUUGUGUUGAGUCUAGUCCUGCUGUCAUGUCCUCUCUAGCGUAGGCCAGUGUGCUCUUUUAAAGGUGCAAGCAAACCCAGAAUUCUCACAACUUGCUCUUUCUUAGGUCUCACUGAAUGCAAAACCAGCAGCAGGGGAAAAAAAAUAAUCACUUGCCUGUAUUAUACCAAUUGCCAGCAUGCUGUGGUGGGUUUGUUUCAGUCUGGCAGAGACAAUGUUGUACAGAAAUAGCAAGCUGAAAUCUCCAAUGUGGAAUCUGUUGGGGGUCACCCAUAUACUCCUAGUGGUUGUUCCUAAAACAAUCUGUGUAAAACAUGCAAUCACCAGCUUGUCCUUGUAAGAUUGUUUUCAUACUUUUUUAACUUGACACUUUCCCAGUAACAUUCUGUAAAUAAAGUUGAUUCUACCAGCUGUCUG